AUGGCGAUCAACUCUGGAAAUCUUGUUUUAGCAAUCAUUGGAGUGAUCAUGACUGGUGUAGUCAUAGUCGUUGCCAUAUUUUCGAUUUACCUGUGCACCAAGGUCGCCCUCCUCGGAUCGGACGUACGCAGCCAACGGCGCACACCGCCCCUCCCCAAUGGCUCCCGCAGCAGCAGAAGUGGCGCCGAUGCGGACAUCGAGAUGGGCGGCAUGAGCUACUUCAUCGAGGGCCUCCAGAACGAGCGCCCCAUCCGGUUCAGCGCACAGCAGCUGCGCGGCUUCACCAACAACUACUCCCGCAAGGUCGGCUCCGGUGGCUUCGGCGUGGUGUACCGCGGCAGGUUCCCAGGUGGCGAGCCGGUGGCUGUCAAGGUGCUGAACAGCACGCUAGGGAAGCAAGCAGAGGAGCAGUUCAUGGCAGAGGCGCUCGUGUACGAGUACAUGGAGAAGGGGUCGCUGGACCGCUACUUGUUCGACUCGCCGCCGGAGAGAAUUAGCUUCGACAAGCUCUAUGAGAUUGCUGUCGGGACGGCCAGGGCGGUGCGGUACCUGCACGAGGAGUGCGCGCAGCGGAUCAUCCACUACGACAUCAAGCCGGAGAACGUCCUCCUCGGCGCCGGCCUGGCUCCCAAGGUGUCCGACUUCGGGCUUGCCAAGCUCUGCGACAGGGAGGACACCCACCUGACAAUCACCGGCGCGCGUGGAACGCCAGGGUACGCGGCGCCGGAGCUAUGGAUGCCUCUCCCGGUGACGCACAAGUGCGACGUGUACAGCUACGGGAUGUUGUUGUUCGAAAUACUGGGGAGGCGACGGAACCUGAAGAUAGGGGCACAGCAUGGCCAGGAGAGCCAGGACUGGUACCCGCGGUGGGUGUGGCACCGGUUUGAGGCCGGCGAGACGGAGGCCGUGCUGGCGAGGGCGAGGGCGGCGGACGGGAAGGAGAGGGAGAAGGCAGGGAGGGUGUGCAAGGUGGCGCUGUGGUGCGUGCAGUACCGGCCGGAGGACAGGCCGUCUAUGGGCAACGUCGUGCGGAUGCUGGAGGGGGAAGACGACAUCGACGCACCACACAACCCCUUCCCCCAACUCGCGCCGUACAGCGCAUGCCACAUGCCAUCGGUGUUGACCACCGCCGCCACGACGGAAUCAGACGCUGGUGCAGCUCGUACAGGCUGAUCUACGGGUAUAAAACGACUUACAUAGUUAUUCCAUGUUUCCAGCCUUCCAGGGAUGUCUAUGUGUAAGGGCAUAUUUAACGGUCUA